AUACAAAAUGGCGGCGAUCGGCUGAAAAAUCAUCCCGUAGUUCAUGUUUUACCACUUCGCCGUCUGUGGUUUGCGAAUGGCAGCACAGAAGACAGCUACACUGAUCCAUCUGAAGGGGUGGGCUCUUCCAGCCAAGGAUCUCAGGAUGCUGCACUUCCAUCGCGCACAGCGGACAUUUAGCACGGAACCGAAGGUGUGGGGUGUGAAGCUUGCAGGCAUCCAUGGCACCUGUAAAGGUGUGUGGUUCUACAGCAUCCAGGGUGUGUUCAGGGCAGUGUUCGAGCUUCACAACAGACAGAGCCAGCUGGAGUGUCUAACUGUUCUACAGGAGCUAUGGAGACUGAGAUUCGAUGAUGAUCUACUACAAGAAUCAUACAAUAUAAAGCAGGACACAGAAAUUGAAGAAAAUGGACAAACAGCAGGCAGAAACAAAAGUCAACAAGUUGCCUCUGUUGGAAAACAGUCCUUAGCAAUGUCUGUUGUUCCUCAGUCAGAUUGUAAACAAACUGCCCUGGCACCAACCUCUCAGCAAAAUACCACACAAUCCUGUGGACUGAAAGGUCAUGAGAAAGAGGUACCGACUGAUGCCUUAGAGCAGACCACUCACAUGCAGCUGCAAAUUGGUGCUAAUGAGGUUGAACAUGACUCGCCUGAUAGUAAUGACACAGAGAGUAGGAAUGAUGAUUCUAUCACAGAUCACAACUACAGCAGUUCACAUCCCGAUGAUGUCUUGUGCCAAGUAAUCAGGACGUUAGACAACUUAGCAGAGCAGCAGCAGCUGGAUGUCUUUUUGAGAAGAUGUAUCGAGUUGCUGACAAGCCUUGUUUCCAUUCUUAAGGACACAAGAAGCCUGGGGCUACCCCUGGAUCUCUUAGGAUAUUUUGUGACGAAUGUUAGGCAGCUGAAAGAGGACCAGCUGCAGGACGAAGACCACAUGAGGCAGACGUCAAUGGUAGUAGUCAGUGAGUGGUUAGGACAGCAGUUUCAACGGAGCAAUAAAGACAUUGUCGGAAAGGUGGAGGACUUUAAGAAGAGACACAUCAUGUGUGUGGACAACCUUCCACCGGCGGAGGAAAUCAUUGAUGAUCUCUUCCCUCCUGCGAUGAAGACGUUAUUUCUGACCUGGAUGGCUUCGUCAUCGUCCGGUAACAGAGAGUCUGGCGGAGGAGCCGACUGUCUGAUGUUUGACAGUAGUCAGUUCCCUGUCCUUCAGCUCAUCUUGGAGUUCUCCAAUCACACCCUGAUCUCUGGUGUGGCUCAUGUAUUAUACAGCAGGUUGAUACACUCCUAGAGUGCUCUAUAUAUUAUACAACAGGUUGAUCACACACUCCUACAGUGGGCAGUAAAGAAGGGAGUCUGCCAGUUCAAUCUGCGUCUCCUAUCGGGUAUUAAUAAAAGACAUCCAUCAUUUGUCCAGACUGUCUAUGUUUGAUACAUUAUCUUCAUAAUGAGAUUUGCGGAUUCCAUUAGUUGCAUUGUUGAAUGGAUUUGUAGCCUUCCAUCAUAGAUUAGAUCAUGCUUGAGGGGUACUGAAUUAUUCCUUGCAAAAGUUUGAAUGACAUAAAUAAAUAAAUGAGAAAUCAAUGUUAAUUCGAUUUGGAUGUUGCAUUGGUCCCGAAAAUGUAGGUAAACACUCUGAAUGUGAUGUAAUCUCCAUGAGGACAUGAUGGCUCAUUCUUUGUCCUUGGAUUUCAUUUUUGAUUCCUAAAAGAACAGGUAAUUUUCUCUGUUAGACUGUUUGUCCUAUACCAAAUUCAUCCUAUCAUGUUAGUUUGUAUCACGAUAAACUUGUUUUGAAAUAGUAUAGUCUACAUGCAGACAUUUAGUUCCAGGAGGCAUUGGUCCCACUGGCCUGCCCUG